CAUGUUAUUGCUGUUUGGAAAAGGUUUGUGUUGGCGCAAAGAAGCAAAGAAGGACUACUGAAACAGGCAACUCUGUUUCGAAACUUCCACUUGUUAAACAUGAGCUUCAGAACAUGGGAAGAACAGAAGAAGAACUUGAAAGUGAUCCGUUGCAGUGCCUCGGAGCUGUACAGGACGGAGAGAGUGGGGGAUUGGCUACAGAGGAAACUGGAGAGACGGAGAGUACAGCAAGGCUUUGCACUCUGGGCAGCACAAACUUGGCAGGCACACAACGUGAAGCUGUACCACAGGAAUGCCCAGUUAUCAAGAGUGCUUAUAGCUUGGUGUGAAGUGACCAGGGCUGCCCUGUUACGCAGAGGCAAGGUGGUCCUGUUUCAGACACGCACAGAACGAAGGCUUCUCGCCUUGUGCUUUACCCAGUGGACCAUCAACCUCCAGAUCGCACAGCAAAGGCAAAUCGCUCUGGAGCAUAGUCUAAUCAAACAGCAGAACGUUCAGAGAGCAGCUGUGAUGCAGAGGUGGAAACUGGCCACAAGGAGGAGCCAAGCGCACAGAAUACACAACACAGCUUUGCUGAAACAGGCGUUUAAUCAGUGGAAGCAAGCGGCAGGGGCUGCCAGGAUUGCUGAACAGCGUUCAAGGGAAAAGGAGAAGAGAAGAUUGAAGCUGUUUUAUACUUCCUGGUCAAUCUGGGUUAGAGAAAAUAAAGAACACAUAUUGAAGUGUGAGGUCUUGAGAUUUUACUGGCAGAAGAGGAGGAUGCACCAUGCCUUCCAUCAGUGGAUUACAGCAUGCAACAAUCAAACAGAAGCAGACAGACUCUACCAAACACACCUCUUGCAUAGGCCCAUUCUCAGAUGGAUGACUGGGGUUCAGGAGGAAAAGCAGUUUUCCGUUGUGGCGGCCAGUAGAAUCGACACAUUGCAAAUGAAGGCAGCGUUUAAUACCUGGAGAGCACGUCUAGAGAUGCAUCAGGCCCUGGACUUCCACCUUCGGAAAGCAAGACAGAGGACUCUGAGAACUGCAGUGAGAUCCUGGCAUCAUCAGGUUCUGUCGAGUCAAUGUCGCGCCAGGUACCUUUACAAGAAGUAUUACAGCCGCUGGACUCGGAUAGCCUCUUUAGGCAUGCAGAGGGAUUCUGAGGGUGUGCUACACACUCGAACCGAGGAGAAAUGCAGGAGUGAACUGGGCGAAAAGCACCUGAAGAAGUGGUGCUCUGCAGUUCUCCUGAACGGUUUCAGAGGACUCGGAGUCGUCAGCAGACACAACGGACCUGGGAUCAGUGGAGAAGCCUGACUGGAGCAGUGCAGUUCAUCAACAACAUGUGUGAGCGCAGGCUGCUGGAGAAAGCUUGGAUGAGAUGGAGAAAGAAGCGCAUACAGGCGAAGGUGUCCCAAGCCUUUUCAGCUCAGCAACGCAGGGCCCUGCUAUCUGAAGUCUUCACAGCUUGGCGUCAAGUGGCCAUUUCCCACAAGGAAGAUAGAGGAAGGGUAACAUGAGCCUGUGAUCCACUAACACCUCAGGGGAAGGGUGCCAGAACAACAAAGCUAGGCAUAAAGACCUUGAUGCACAGACAAUUUACACGUCACAAAGCCAUAUCGGAAUUGUUUACACUCGUACUAUUCCUAUCUGCAGUGGGCUGUUUGGUGCAUGUUGCUCUUGUCUAGCUGAUUGCAUAAGAACAUUGAUUACCAAGAUUACAAAAUGAAUGGGAAAGAAGCCAACUCCCCUUUCACCUACAGCACGCAUUGAAAGUAUGUAUUUUUCCAACCUGGCAGCACCUGCUGGAUUAAGAACUCUGUGACUCCUUGCUUGGUAUUCCUGGCAAGAUCAGGCUUUAGGAACAGGACGGGACAGCAGCAUAAAGCUCACUCUGCUUCUUAAAUGGCUGGGAUUGAAAAAUUUGUCUUUUUUUUUUUUUUCUUUCUCAAGCGCAUAACAGUAACAAUAAUUUGCUUAGAUAAUUAGAUUU